AUGAUGCCCGCCCUAUUUGACCAGUCUCUACGAUGCCCGGUAGUCGAUGGUGACUGGUUGGGCCCAGUCAUUGCAAGGACUUUCGAAAAUGGCGCCAAUUUCACUCUAGUAUUCGAGGAAACUAUAUUCACUCUUCUCCCGGUCCUGGUCUUGAGUAUUGUGGGGGCAUUUCGGAUUCUGCACAUUGCGCAAGCCUCGGAUAGAGUCAAUCGAUCAUGGCUGUACACAGCGAAGGCGACGGCCUGGGCGAUCUAUAUAGCCUUCGACUUGAUCCUUCUCAUUCUAUGGAACAAGCCCUCGACCCCACGCACGAAGAUGACGUUGCCGACAGCCUUUAUAAAAUUGGCGGUCUCGUUAUGGAUGCCAUACUGGUCUCAUCUGGAACAUACUCGGUCCGUACAACCAUCAAGUAUCAUAUGCCUUUACAUGAGCACGACCCUCUUGCUCGAUAUUUUCCGGUUACGGACAUUAUCUCUCCUUCCAGACAAUCGGUUGGUUGCGACUUUUUUCUUUAUCGAAUGUCUGAUCAAGGCAUCGACCUUGAUCCUGGAGUCUACGGGGAAACGAUCAUUCCUGAGACCACCGGACCAUAGAAUUUCACCGGAAUCCACGGCGAAUGUUUUCAAUCGCUAUGUGUUUUGGUGGAUCAAUAAGGUAAUCUGGACAGGUUCCAAGAAUUCUCUUACGAUUGAUAGUCUACCCGUUCUUGACGAUGCCAUUGGGGCUGCAUCUAUCUCGGAUAAGCUGUUGAGAUCAUGGGUCAAAUUCGAUCCCUAUCAGCCUAACGCUCUCCUUUGGGCCUUUUCCGCGCAGUACAAAUGGAAAUUCGUUGGAGGAGCCCUGAUCAGGCUCCUUGUUGCCGGGCUGACCCUCGCUCAGGUCAUAAUCAUUCAGCAGCUCCUCGUUUUCAUUGAGGAAUACGAGCAUGCGAAUGCGACGAAUCAAGACUUUAUAUUUGUCGGGACCUAUGCAGCGGUUUAUGCUGGCCUCGCUGUAUCUUUCACUGCCUAUCAACAUCAGACUUGUCGUUUCGCCACCAUGGCUAGGGGGUGUCUAGUGUCGCUGACCUCAAGCAAGACCCUCCGUUGUAAACAAACUCUUGUGCACGAUACAAAGACGGUCUCUGGGAUCCACAGCGAUAUUGAGCGUGCAUGUGAUGUAUUUAAACACGUUCAUGAUUUUGCCUUCAGUUUGAUAGAGGCGGCCUUGGCUUUGUGGCUCUUGACCCGACUGCUCGGUUUAGCAACUGUCGCGUCUGUCUUUGUUUUCGCAGUUUGUCUGAUUUCUGCAAGCAUACUGGCGUAUGCGUCGGGUCGUGCACAGUACAGAUGGCUCAGUGCCGUGGAAGCCCGCCUUAUGGCGACCUCUAGAAUUCUCCGAGACGUGAGAAUCGUCAAAAUGACCGGUCUCCUGAGGCCAGUGGUUGCUGACCUCCAAGAUUUGAGGCUCACAGAAACAGAGGCGUCCUUCUCAUUUAGGGUGUAUACAGUCAUUCUUCUCACAUUCUCAUAUAUUUCCACGGCAAUCGCUCCUGUUUUCGGUUUCGGCAUGUACACUAUCCUCGCCAAAACCCGAGACUCGGGCACAUUGAGGAGCAGUACAGCCUUUUCCGCAUUGACCUUGUACUUUAUCCUCGACCAGCGCUUGAUUACACUUAUUGAUGGACCAGAAAAGAUGAAACUUACCAUCCAAUGCUUUCAGCGUGUUCAAAAGCAUCUAUCGGCCUCCGAGAGUACCGACAACCGUGAUAUUGUGAGCGCCAAAUACUCUACCUUUGAGAACACCGACCCAAACGAUGGGCAUAUCCAACCGAAGUCUUAUUGCGCCAUCACCAAUAGUCUGUCUGCGGCUUGGUCUCUGGAUUCCGAGCCCGUCUUGAAGUGUGUGACACUCGAAAUAAUGACAGGGGUUACUACGAUGCUUGUGGGUCCCCCUGGCUGCGGAAAGUCCACGAUGCUGAAAACACUACUUGGCGAAGUGCCCUUCAUUUCAGGAAGAGUGUCGACUACCUUCAAAGAUGCUGCUUAUUGUAGUCAAAUUCCGUGGAUUUGUCACGGGACUAUUCGGCAAAACAUUGUUGUUGGCUCGCCAUGGGAUCAAGAUUGGUACAGCACUGUUGUCCGAGCAUGUUGUCUCCAGGCAGACUUUGAUCAAUUUGCCAAAGGUGAUCAGACCUCCCUUGAUUCUAUCCCGGCACAACUGAAUGAAAGCCAAAAAAAGCGUGUGGGACUAGCGCGUGCACUCUUUGCACGAAAGUCUGUUUAUAUUUUCGACGACAUACUUCAGGGUCUCGGCGAGACAACUGAGAGGGAGAUUCUCGACCAAGUUUUCUCAUCGGAUGGAAUUCUUAGAAAAGCCGGCCGAACAGUGAUCAUGGCAACCACGUCAGCACAUCAUCUUCUAUACGCUGACACUUUCAUCUCUCUGAAUGAAAACGGACACAUGAUCCAGCAGGGCUCAUACGAUGCACCAGCAAUCAGACAUUCUUUUAAUGGCCCUGGCACGAAUCAUGAACAUCACGGCUCCACCUCGCUAAUGCCUGGCACAUUGGAGCAAAGACCGCCAAAUUUGGCGGAUACUCAAGGUCAGGACAGUCAGGGGCAAGACACGAGCGACUUUAUCCCAUACUUUUACUACUUGCAGAGUAUGGGAGGACCCCUCUUAGCUUUGCUGAUCGCGUGCGCAAGUUCGUUCGUCGCCUCGUUUAUGCUCCAGCAGAUCUGGCUGAAUCGGUGGGCGGAAUCAAACAUGCAACGACCAAACGAAGAUAUCGGAUACUGGUUGGGAAUUUAUGGUGCGCUGGGCUGUUUAGCAUUAGUAUGCACGUUCAUUGUACACUGGCUUUUUAUUGUAAUACUUGUCCCAAGAACAACGUAUCGGUUCUACGAUGUUCUUUUCAGGUCGCUCCUGAGCGCGACCACUUCACUUGGGACACCUCGGCAAACGGAAGCCGCCAUAAACAGACUCGACGAAGAUUUUGGCGUGAUUGAUGGCGAGCUCCCUGAAGCUUUCGAGCUUACCCUCUAUGCAAUUCUGAGCUUCCUUGGAGAGUCGAUCUUGAUCUUUAUAGGCUCCUCGUAUCUGGUGGUAAUGGCAAUCCCGGUCGUAUUUGUGAUAAUCGUUUUCCUUGGUCACUUCUAUGUGAGGACGGUUCGACAAAUCAGGCUUCUGGACAGCCAAGCGAAGGCACAUCUUCGAUCACAUUGCGAUGAUUUAAUGAGCGGUAUUGUCACCAUACGCGCCUACGGAUGGCUUGAAACUUAUCGAUGCCAGGGAGCGGCUGCUUUGGAGUUUUCUCAGCGAACAAGAUACACAUUUGAAUGUAUUCAACGCUGGUUGAGUAUCACACUCGACCUGACAGUUGCAGGAAUUGCCACUUUUGUCGUUACCGUCGCGCUCUUUGUGAAAGGGGGGCAACAUUCGAACAUGCUGGGAAUUGCGCUUUUCAAUCUUGUUGGCUUCAGCGGAACGCUCCACGUCUUGAUCAAACAGUGGACUAGUCUCGACAAGAACAUCGGGGCCAUUUCUCGGAUUUGCACCGUUGUGAGAGAUUUGAACCCCGAGGAUCUGGUCACAGAGUCCAAGAACAUUCCAUCACUUUGGCCAGAAAGAGGGCUUAUUUAUAUGAAUGGCGUCACGGCUUCAUACGAUCUCUCAUCAGACGCGGCUCUUCAUGAUAUUAAUCUGAUCAUCGCGCCUGGCGAGAAGGUUGCUCUCUGCGGUUUUAUUCAAAUCGACGGUAUGAAUAUCGCUCAAAUACCUCACGAACUGGUACGAUCUCGCCUAAAUAUGAUUCCAUGCGAUACCGUCUGGCUUCGCGGAACCUGGCGUCGAAAUAUAAAUCCCGAAGGCAAUAUACCAGAUGAGACCAUCAUUGCGGUACUUGGCGCGGUAGGGUUAUGGUCAAUCAUUCGGUCUCUAGGUGGCCUGGAUGCGGCCGUGGAUGAAAAUGUCCUCUCGAUCGGACAGCAGCGCUUAUUCAGUGUGGCACGAGCUCUAUGCCAUCCUAGCAGUAUUGUUCUCAUUGACGAGUCAACAACCAGCACGGAUCUCGAAACCGACACUCUCGUAUUGGAUGUCGUCCGUUCAUACUUCCAGGGCCGAACCGUUCUCGCAGUUUCGUAUAAUCUCGACAAGAUUCUCGACUUUGACCGGAUUGCGUUUAUGGAACAUGGUCGGAUUGUGGAAUUUGAUACCCCAAAGGCACUCUUGUCUAAGGAGAGGGGGGCGUUUAAAACCAUGUUUGAAACGCUUCGGCGUCGCCCGGUGUGA